UAGUCGAUCGCACGCCAUUUCGGAGAAUAAGUUCGUAGUGAGUUAAAGUCCGUUCCCGUGUAUUGUACGAGCUUAUUCUCGGCGUCGUUCGCCACGAGUUCAUUUAGACGAAGUAGCGUUUAGAGAAUGGGCGAGGAUUUCAAUGGAGAUCGCGACAGGCAAGACAGGGAUAAGGAUAGGGACAGGGACAGAGAUCGUGAUAGGAGGCACCGGUCACGCAGCAGAGACCGCAGAAAGCGGUCACGCUCUCGCUCGAAAGAUCGCAGGGAUCGGAAGAGGAGUAACUCGCCGAAGAAGAGUCGCAGCUCUAGGAGAAGGAAACCGUCUUUGUAUUGGGAUGUGCCGCCACCUGGCUUUGAACACAUUACGCCUUUGCAGUACAAAGCAAUGCAGGCUGCUGGGCAAAUACCUGCGAAUAUUGUAGCAGAUACACCCCAAGCAGCUGUGCCUGUAGUUGGCAGUACAAUAACUCGACAAGCCAGAAGACUUUACGUAGGGAACAUUCCAUUCGGUGUUACUGAGGAAGAGAUGAUGGAGUUCUUUAAUCAACAGAUGCACCUGUCGGGGCUCGCACAAGCCGCUGGCAACCCAGUAUUGGCUUGUCAAAUUAAUUUAGACAAAAAUUUCGCAUUUCUAGAGUUUCGCUCGAUAGACGAGACUACACAAGCCAUGGCGUUCGACGGCAUAAACUUCAAGGGGCAAAGCUUGAAGAUAAGAAGGCCGCACGAUUACCAACCAAUGCCGGGAAUGACCGAUAAUCCAAGCAUGAACGUGCCAGGUACGGUCCCCGAUUCGCCGCACAAGAUCUUCAUCGGUGGUUUACCCAAUUAUUUGAACGAGGAACAGGUGAAGGAGCUGUUGAUGAGCUUCGGUCAGUUAAGGGCAUUCAACCUAGUGAAGGAUUCCGCGACUGGGCUCUCCAAGGGCUAUGCCUUCUGCGAAUACGUUGAUGUCUCUAUGACCGACCAAGCUAUCGCGGGUCUGAAUGGAAUGCAGUUGGGUGACAAGAAACUGAUUGUGCAACGCGCCAGCGUGGGUGCGAAGAAUCCUAUGAUAGGUACACAAGCUCCAGUACAAAUUCAAGUGCCUGGUUUGUCCAUGGUGGGCUCGAGCGGACCUGCGACGGAAGUGCUUUGCCUGCUUAAUAUGGUCACGCCCGAAGAAUUAAUGGAAGAAGAAGAGUACGAGGACAUUCUCGAAGAUAUUAAAGAAGAAUGCAACAAAUACGGCGUGGUACGAUCCGUGGAAAUCCCGAGACCCAUCGAGGGAGUCGAUGUACCUGGAUGCGGCAAGGUGUUUGUUGAAUUCAAUAGCGUGAUUGAUUGUCAAAAGGCGCAGCAAACUCUCACAGGACGGAAAUUCAACAACCGCGUAGUUGUUACGUCGUAUUUCGAUCCUGACAAAUACCACCGUAGAGAAUUUUAAGCUGUAGAGACUCGUCUUUUCAUACCGUUUAAUAUUAAUUAUACAUAUAUAUAUAUAUAUAUAUAUGUAUAUAUAUAUAUAUGUAUAUAUAUUCUAAUGUAUAUGAAUAUAAUGUAAUGUGUAUGUAUAAACGGUGGGCAUAUAUUUUCCCGAAAAAAAGAACCCCUAUCGUAAUUAGAAAAGUGGGACAACUUCAUGAAAAAUCUUAAUCCUACGAUCCAAAAUACCGAGAUAAUUUUUCGAAAUAUAUCUUACCUUAAACAUUUAUGUAUAAAUUAUUAUGUAUAAAUUAUUAAUUGUGUGUGCGCUUGUAUAUCAGACACCGAGCUAUUCUUGAAAUAUUUCUGGGAAACUAUAUCUUGGUACAUUGUUCUGUAUUGAUUUCGAUAUUGUAACAACUACGCCGUGUACAACUGUAAAUUUCCACAAUUUCGGGAGAUUGUAUCGAUAUUCGAAUCUCGGGAUUAUGAUUUGGAUAGACCGCUUUUCGAAUCGCGUUUCUUUUCGGGACGGCGCAUACCCACUAUAUACAUAUAUAGCGUGCUUCGAAGCGGGAAAUUGCUAAUAUCUAUACGUAUUUCGCAAGCUAGAAACGCUUCGUGUGUGUGUGUGUGUGUGUGUGUGUGUGUGAGUGUGUGUGUCUGUAUGUUGUCCAUGCAACAAAAUCCAUUGAAGUAUCCAAGCAAUGCGUAAAGAAACCUACGAACGAAUUGCGUUCCUCUUCUCCCGCUUUGAAGGUCACAAACAAUUCGAUAACAAGUGACGAUUUUACUUGAAUGUUAAUAUUCUGUGGGCAACGGUAUCGUACAAUUUGAUAUUACCUAAUGCAAGAUUCAGGAGAUUAAUUAGAUAAAUACAAAGAUCCAGAAUAAUUAUGCGGAAAUAAAGCGAGAACACACCAUUGUGUUUCUAGAA